AUGUAUAAAAAUUAUGCAAUAAGACAAAGUAAGAUCAUGAAUAAGUUUUUAAAACAAAAUGAAUCUAAAAGAAAGUGGUAUAAAAAUAAUCCACCAGCUGAAUUGGAUUUUCAUUCAAGUUUGCUAAAGGAGAAAAAACCUUCGGUUCAUGCACAGAGAAGAAUGGUUGUACUUAACAAAUUGUUUAUGAAAAAUAUAACUGACUUAAUGUCAACGUGUGAAGCUGCAUCAGAGCUUUCAGAACGUGGUGUCGAAAUAACAAAUGUGAGUAUUUCUUCAGAUUAUAAAAGUCUUAAUGUAUAUUGGACAUUAGAAAAAGUGGACGACGAUAAGAAUUGGCCAACAACAAUAGAAGAAGUUUUACAAAAGAAUUCAUAUAUGUUACGUCAUGAACUAUCCCAAAUGCAUAUCAUCAGUAAUGUACCAAUUAUCUGCUUUGUGAAAGAUAAAAUAAUUUCUAAUGCAAGAGAAGUUGAAAGUAGAUUAGCAUCACUUGACUUAGAUCAAGAUUAUAUUGAAAGCAAGGAAAAAACAAAACAAUUAGACAUUACUAAUGACAAUGAAACUGAUCAGUCUGACAAUAGUUUUCAAAUAACAUUACCAGAAAUGAGGCAUGAUGUUCUAGGAUUAGACCAUCAUAGAAUCAUGUCAAAGGAUGUAUUAGAAUCACAUUCAGAACUAAAGGGACAACCUUUGUCUGCUUUUCUUAAUAACGAAGAUAUUUCUAAAGAGAAUCAUAAUUGA